AUGAAUGGAACAUCAUUUAUUUGUAUAUGUAAUGAAGGUUUUAAAGCCAACACAUCGAGAUGCUCAGAUGUGGAUGAAUGUUUAAAUGAUCCCUGUCCAUUACAUUCUACCUGUAAUAAUACUGAUGGUUCCUAUACAUGUACCUGUAAUUCUGGUUUUGUUGCUGAUGGACAAACCUAUAUUGAUGAGUGUAUAGACUCACCAUGUACAGUACAUUCUGUGUGUAUUAACAGUAUAGGUAGUUAUAGCUGUGCCUGUGAUACUGGUUAUUCUUCACAUGAUAAUAAUGAAUGUCUAGAUUCGCCGUGCCCUGAACAUUCUGAUUGUUUCAACAAUCCGGGCAGCUUCAGUUGUAGUUGUCAUUUAGGAUUCUAUAAGAAAUCUCAGCUUGAAUGUAUAGGUAAGUUUGUCGUUUAA